UUUUUUUCUUUUGUUAUACAAUACUCAUCAUGUGGAUGGAAAAUACUAUGACUGAUUUACAAAACACAAAACAACUGUUGGGAGUUACAAAGCAGUUGUAUAUUGAUCAUUACUCAGAAGAUGAUGAUGCUACUACUAUUACUACUACUGGGAAGACCUUCAGUACAGACCAUCAUUCUUUUGAUUCCCCCUCUAUAAGCAAUGAUGAAGAUGUGUUCUUAUUUGAAGAGUCAAUGAAAAACUCAGAAGAUAACAGAGUAUCUCGGUAUCAAAACACCUAUUUCAUGGAUGGUGGAAAUCGUUUUAUUUCAUUACCUAUGCUCGGUAACACAAGCACGAAAGCUGCAUCUCAUAUUUCAAGAAUGUUUGAAGACUGGCUACAGAAUAAGCUUUAUCAUCAAAGUGCCAAUGAAAGUCUAUUAGAUAGACUACCUAUUUUAGAAGACUCGGUUGAACUCUUGACAGAAGACAUUAUCAACAAACUAAAAUCCCGUCAAUCAGUGAAAGGCCUGAUUGGCCUCUCUCGUGUCUUGAUCAAGAUUCGCACAGGCCAUGUUUACACAUAUCAUCAACUGGAUCAACCUUUGAUUACUGCUGACAUGGAGGACUUCUUUCAACAGUUUCCCUUGUUUGUGGAAAUUAUUAUUUAUACGAUGCCUAAAGAUUUAGAUCAAUCUACUGAUAAUAUUGAGUUGCUUUUAACUGUCGAAAACAUCACUAUUAACCCUUCUGAUCCUUAUCAUAUCAAACAAGAAAUCUCAUUAAUCGCUUAACUUCAUACCCCUUUCAUUUCCGUUUUAUUAUAAAAUUGUUUAUUCUGAAUCAGAACCAUAAUCUGCUAAAGAAGCUACAAUAGAUUCACUAUCGUUUGGUUUAGUCUUUUUUAAGACUAUCUCUGGUUUUUUUGUUUGUUGUUGUUGUUGUUGUUGUUGUUGUUGUUGUU